AUGACAACCGCAGCACCAAUACAAGCCACAUUGGCCCACAAUCUCUCUCAAUCCGCCCGAACAGAGGCCAACGCCAAAGAAACCACAUCCUCAAGCUACAUCCCCAGAGGCGACACAACCGUCACUCUAAACUACUUCCGUCCACCAGAAGACGGAUCCAUCCCCUUCAACUACGUGGAAGACCCUCCAGCAGGUGAACCGCAACGCAACUUCGGCGACUUCGACAUCCGCGUCCCCAUCAAAGACAUCCGGGGCCAUGAAGACGAAUACACCCUCGACCGAGACGCCUUCAAAGUAGUCUCGCACCUCGCUGCCUCGGCCGAAAAGGAAUUUGCAAACGACGACUCAAUCAAGAAGAACUACUACCCAGAAGUCGAACAACUGAUCCUAGACCACGUCCCCGGCAGCAACAGAGUCGUCAUCUUCGACCACACAAUCCGUCGCUCCACCCCCAACGCCCCCCGCGGUCCCGUAUCCCGCGUGCACAUCGACCAAACCCUCAAAUCCGCCACCCAGCGCGUCCAUCAACACGUCCCCUCCGACGCGGAAACCCUCUUGAAAGGCCGCUACCGCAUCAUCAAUAUCUGGCGUCCCCUCAACGGCCCCGUGCAAUCCAACCCCCUAGGCUUCGCCUCCUCGUCCUCGCUCAAAGACGAGGAUCUCAUCCCGGUGGAACAUAGGUAUCCGGAGCGUACGGGGGAGACGGCGGGGAUUCGGUAUAAUGAGGGCCAGAAAUGGCAUUAUUUGAGUGGCAUGCGGAAUGAUGAGAGGUUGUUUUUGGAGUGUUUUGAUAGUGAGGGGGGGAAGGAGGGGAGUGGGGUGUUAGGGGGACGGGUGCCGCAUACGGCGUUUAGGGACGAGAGGACGCCGGAGGGGGCGGUGGGACGGGAUAGUAUUGAGGUUCGGGCGUUGGUUUUUGGACCAUGA